AUGCUCUUUCGAUCCAUCUUCAAGUACCUCUCCGGAGCCUUUACCGCGUGCAUCAAUUCAUUCUCCCGCUCGCAACUCGAAUUAUCCCCUGCCCUUCACAACGAGGACGAGACCAAGAGUAUUGGACUGAAGAGGCUCUCCUCUCGUCUGUCUCUUACCAGCUUCACCACCAACAAGAGCGUCAGAACAAAGAACAGUGAAGCGUCACUCAACAACCCCAUUGAUCCAUCUGAUCUUCGAAGACACCGGACUCGCUGCAGACGAAAUCGACAAUAUCACUUGCAUCAGCGACAGCGAGAGCAGCAACAGCAAGACCCACAGGACCAGGAACAGGCGCCGCAGACUCCUGCGCGUGUAGCCUCUCGGGCCGUCCACAAUCGUGAGCGACCCCUACGGCGACGGCCAGCAACGAUUCACGAAUCUGCACCCAAGGACUUCACCGGAGUCAAUGACCGCGUCUACACCAUAUCAGCCCGCGGGAGAUUUGUGCCAUCAUUCGGAAUUCUCGACGACGCCUGA